AUGCUAGCCACGCCGCCGAGAUUACCUCCGACGUUGAUGCUUGAACAACAUGCUGAAACUCCCGGACCCACAAAAGCUAGAAUCAACCACUUACAAAGUCAAGUCAGUGAAUUAGUAAGGAAGAACCAAGGAUUAGAGAGAAAAUUGCUAGCUGAGAAGAGUAUUUGCUCCAGUACAAUCAAAGAUAAAUCAGAAGAGCUGGAUACCUAUAAGGUUCAAUUGAAGAACAGUCAAAAAGAAUUGGAACGAUGUAAAACUCAAGGUGAUGUGAUGAGGGAUGAGCUCAAUCUUCAUUCAAUGGUACAACAACAAAAGGCAUUGCUUGCGCUAGCUCAGGAACAGAUGCAAGUCGUCGAACUGGAACAGAGGUUGUUGCAUUCUGAAAAAGCUAGAAUUAUGAGGGAUCAUAAGAUCGCUUUGUUCCAAGCUAAAGAAGAAGAUCUUCUUGAUGAACUCCGAGAAAGAGAGGAGAGGCUUUCUGACUUAGAAACUGCUCUCUCCGAAGCGAAUACUUCGUUAGUUCAUCAAAAAGCUUCCAGCUCAUUGUCGUCCUCGUCAUCGACCGAAGAGCUUGUGAUCGCGCAGAAAGAACUAUCAAAGGCCAAAGCGGAAAUUACUUCUUUGGAAAGUAAAGUUGAUACUCUGGAAAACAAAGUGAAAUCCUCAAAGGAACGUGAGAAAGAAGCAAGAGGAGAAUUAGAUAAUUGGUUGAGAGACGAAAAGUCAAAAAUGGGUUCAUCUGAAAAAUCCCAAAAGGAUCUAACGAAUCAAUUAAGGAGUCUGAAGAAUCAAUUGGAAAAAAAGACUGAAGAAUUGGAAGAAACGAAAGAUGAAUUAGAAGAAACCAAACGGUCGUACAAGGACAGAGAGAAAGUUUUAAAAACUAAAAUUAGAGAAGCGAAUGGAGAAAGAGAUAACCUGUUAGGUGUAGAAGAGGAAUUACAAAGUCUGAAAGCGAAAUCUAAAGUAUCUAGCCCAAAGAAAGUAGUCAAAGAAAAAGUCAGAAAGGCAAGUCCGGUCCAGGAUGAUACAUCGGACGAAGAAGUUGUACCCAAGAAGAAAUCAAAGAAGGCUGAUUCUCCUGUUCGAGCGACAAAGCCCAGACCUAAAGCGAUAACCAUAACCCAACCUUCUUCGGAAUCGGAAUCAGAUUAUACAGCGACGAAAACCAAAUUGGCCUCUAAACCUCGUCCUAAAUCACCUGUGAAAACUAAGAAAGUCCCACUUGAAACUUCUGAUAUCGAUAACCAAGCCCCUACGUCUAAGCCUAAAUCGACAACUGGAACCAAGAAACUCGCAGAAGUCCUUGCACCUUCUCCUGAACCUGAAGCUGAGACAUUAGAUCCAUCUGGAGCAGUACCAAAGAAGAAGAAGAGAUUGCUCGGUGGUGUCAAAUCGGCAUUUGAAUGGGAUCCGAUCAUGGGAAGCGGGGACGGUGUGAUACCACUAGGAUUAAGUCCUAUGAAACCUAUCACCGGUAAAGCGGUAGGAACGAUUCCAAGAGCUGGAUUCUCAGCUACAAGUAGGUUGAACCGAUUAGGAUAA